UAAUAAAACGCAGCAUGAGUUGAUAAAUGGCCGCUCGUAUUCUCUGUAAAAGUUAGAGUCAUUGCUGUCCUGAGCACAAACGGAUCUCGCUGUAGAAUAAUCCACCUUAAGCCCAUAUUUUAUAAACAAAAGUUUUGUCCAGGCAGGUUAAACUGGAGCUUCAAGCUGUUACGUGUCAGUUAUCAUUUGGUGGGCGGGGCUUACCGGAGAGGAAUGUAAACAGCUAGCAUGCCUGUUCAGCAGCUACCAUCAGCGCAGAUCACUGAGGCGCAGUCGAUGCUGAAAAGGUAAGUUAGCUCAGUUAGCCCAGGCAGCUAGCUGCAGGUUUGCUAACGCAGGGAGUUGUGUCAGAAAGCUGCUUAAUGAUGAUGAGGCAUCAGCAGGACGGGCGUUUCAUGGCUGAGGCAGGUUCCUUUUGAGGUCUGACUGGACGUCUGCUGACUGAAGACUCAGAAAAUCCUCCGUUCCUUUUCCAAAACUGGAACGAAAACUAAGAGGACAGUCAUUCUUUUUUAUUUUUUUGGGUCUUUUGGUUCUCCAGUGUUCAUUCAUCAAGUCAAGAUGAGAGCCUGACCGGCACCUGAAACUCUGUGGAUGUUUAUUUACAGACAAAAAGGCAGAAAAAUGCUGUUUUUUUUCUGGGAGUUUCAGCAGAAUUUGGUCACACUGAGAUGUUCUUCAUGACCCACAGAGCCUCAUCUUCCACUUAAAUCACCCUGAAGAUAGAUGUGCUGAUCUCAUGAGCCAUAAAUUAAUUUCUCCUUUAAAAUCCGGAAAGCGAAAGCCCGAGUCUGUCUGCAUCCAGUCUCAUCGGUUCGGCUGAUCAUGGCAGAAUCCAGCGCUCCGCCAGCCGCUCCAGCUAGCCUGCUGAUUGGACACAGCAAAGAGGAGGCGAGUCUGAACACGGAGAGCCGCUCCAAAGAAAUGAACGACUCCGUUCUUACCGAUGGGUCUGACCGGGAGGCGAAAGUCCAAAACAUCAGCAGUAAAGAACCGGAGGAGGAUGACGAGGCCACACCCACACCCCCUGAGUCAUCGCCUAGUCUGUCGGAAAAUGAGACGAUGACCAUCGCUACGACGGAGGACGAAACUCUGUCGGUCCAGCUCAGACACAUAAAGACUGAAGGGGGAGCAGGAAGAGGAGCAGAGCCAGCUCCAGACCCGGACCUGGAGGAAAGCUCGUCUGGGAUGACGGUGGCGGACUCCGAUGAGCACAGGGAAUCCUCCGACUCGGCGUCCUUCUCCAUUCCCAGCCUGGACCUCUCCGACGGCGUCACGACCACGGGGAACUCUUUGGACAUCGAGGACGGCUUGUCGUCUGCCUGCUCCGCUCCGGGCGUCGAAGGCGGCUCUCCGUCCGCCGAAGCUCCCGGUCUGAAAGCCGAGGAGGCGCUGGAGCCGGCAGGGGGAGCUGUUGCUGCCGCUGCUGUUGUUCCUGCUGCUGCAGCGGCCGCAGAGCCAGGACCCUCCAUGCCGGCUUAUUACCUGGUGAAGUGGAUCACCUGGAAGGAGAAAAAGACUCCCAUCGUCACCCAGAGCGAGAACGGACCCUGCCCCCUGCUGGCCAUCAUGAACACGCUCUUCCUGCGCUGGAAGGCCAAACUUCCUGCGCAGACGGAAGUGGUCACCACUGAGGAGCUGAUGGCUCAUCUGGGAGAGUGUGUUUUAUCAGUCACACCCAGAGAGAAGACGAACGCCAUGGAGCUCAACUUCCAGCAGAACAUGAGCGACGCCAUGGCGGUUCUUCCGAAGCUGUCCACGGGUCUGGACGUCAAUGUGCGCUUCACAGGAGUCACAGACUUUGAAUACACGCCAGAGUGCAUCGUGUUCGACCUGCUGAACAUCCCACUGUACCACGGCUGGCUGGUGGACCCACAGAGUCCAGAGACGGUGGCAGCUGUGGGGAAGCUGAGCUACAACCAGCUGGUGGAGAAAAUCAUCGACUGCAAACACUCUGCAGACAGCAGCAGAGUCAGUGAAGGUCUGGUGGCAGAGCAGUUUCUGGAGUCGACGGCCACCCAGCUGUCGUACCACGGCCUCUGUGAGCUCAACACCACGGCGAAAGAGGGAGAGAUCUCUGUUUUCUUCAGGAACAACCACUUCAGCACCAUGAUCAAACACAAGGGCCACCUGUACCUGCUGGUGACGGAUCAGGGCUUCCUGCAGGAGGAGAGCAUGGUCUGGGAAUCGCUGCACAACGUCGAAGGAGACGGCAACUUCUGCAACUCCGACUUCAGGCUGAGCCAUGCGCCGGAGCGCCCGCCGGCCGCCGCCCUCCUGCCGCCCAGCAGCCAGGAGCAGCAGAGGCAGAUCGACCAGGACUACCUGGUCGCCGUUUCCCUGCAGCAGCAGCAGGAAGGCGCUCCUGGACCUCUCAGUGACUUGGAAUUGGCCCGGCAGCUGCAGCAGGAGGAGUACCAGCAGCAGCAGCAGCAGCAGCAGCAACAGGCGGGGCCAGCACCGACGCCACAGCAGGUCAGAGGUCAGGGGUCGCAGCAGGCCAGAAGAAGAGAGAAGGAGUCGGACUGCGUCAUCCUAUAAUCGCGUCCUGUUUAGCGCCUGCGGCCUCUCGGAGUCUCGCACACUGAGUUAGCUGGACACCAAACAUGGCUGCUUUCGUCCAGCAGGUCUGUGUCCUCCAGUCGGGAAAACGUAAACAAAGGGAGUCCGUCGGACCGGACAGGUCCAGCUGAAGAACGGACCCGCCUCCAUGAAGGGCUCACCGCAGCAGCCGAGGUCUUUACCUAUAAACUGUCUAACUGCUG